AUGCCCCAUAAAAGUGACCGGAAGAAAGACAAAGCGGUGAAUGGAAGGGCGAAGGAUAAAGGGAUGCACAGCAAUGGUUCCCCCCACGUGAGUAGCACCCAUAGGAAGAACAACACCGGGGUGGAGAAGCCACACGUGAGGACUUCCUCCCCCCACCUGAGUAGCACCCAUAGGAAGAACAACGCCGGGGUGGAGAAGCCACACGUGAGGAAUUCCUCCCCCCACUUGGCUGAAAGUCACCGAAGUGAAGAAUCCCGCGCAGUACCAAUCGGCGUCGCCCCAGUUGGGGAGACCCCCUCGAGCAGAAAGAGGACAACCCACUUGGGAAAAAUAAAAAACUUAAAGAAGUACGCAGAUUUUAACAAGGGAAAGAAUAUUAACGACGAAAAGGAGGGAGUGAAAAAUGUUGGGACUUCAUGCGAAGCGAGAGUGAGUUGCCAGGGGAGUAGCAAAUCGCCCAAGUGCUUACCCCUCACAGAGCAAGUCCCACAAGGAGCAGCAACUCCAACCACGCUAAGCACACAGAAGAUCUACGCCCACAAUGAUAUUCACAUUAUGAGUCUUUGCAUGGAGGACGAAAUGAACAGAAAAGAAAAAGUGAAGAAGGUAAAAAAUAAAAUUUUAAAAAUGUAUAGCGACUUGUUUCUUCACCAUUUUAAGAGGAGCCAGAAAUUGGUAAAGUCUAGUGGAAAUUUAAAUUUAAAUAUUUGCCUGAACAGAGAGAGUGUGCAUAACUUUCUGCGUCUGAGCUACAAGUAUGGGGACUAUGAGUACUGCGUGGGUUGCGUGAUGGUGUUGCUGCUGGACCGUCUGACGAACCCCGAGGUGGAGUUAACCCCUGGGGAGAGGGACGACGUGGAGGACGCCGUGCGCGCGUACAACUGCCACACGUUGCUGGCGUACCGGGGCACCUUCAAGGCCUACCACAAGUGGGGUAGCGGUGGUGGCGGCGUUAGCGGCGUCAGCGGCGGUUGGAGCGGUGUGCGCGGUGUGAAUGACGUGCGCGAUGCUCACGCGAAAGCCCCCCUCCAGAACGCGACCCGAAAAAGCAUCUGCAGAAGCAUCCGGGACACCAUAAAGGACAAGUUCCUCCUCAACUGCGAAGCCAUCAUAAACGUGGUCAACUGCAUCCUCUGCACAACGAACGAGGAGAGGGAAAAAAUAUACUACACGCACUUGAAUGCGAAUCAGUACAAGACCAUUUCAGACGUCACCGAGACGGGGGUGAAAUAUAAAUAUGAGCAGCUAGCCAGAGAGACUUAUAAGAAGGCCUUCGAGCUAGCGAAAGUGCACUUGGUACCAACGGAUGUGCACUUUCUGCAGCUGGCUAGUCGCUACAUCUCCUUCCUGUACUUCAACGUGGGGCAAGAACAGCUGGCUUUGAAGAUCUGCACGGGCGUGUUUGACCGGACGGCCGAUGAGCUGGGCAACCUGCAGGACGAGGGGCAGGCGGACAGGUGCCUCCAGAUCCUGAGCAGGAUGCGCUACAACAUCAAGCGCUGGUCGAGGAAGCUCCACGGGAACAGCAUCCUCUUCCUGGACUUUUAA